AUGCGCACGGCGCGAUGGAUGAUGGUGGGAUGGAUGACGCGAGAGACAUUCGGUGGCGUCGACGACGACGCGUGGACGCGCGCGCGCGGGGGGGGGAGGCGGACGACGCGAGGGAUGAUCGCGCGGGCGACGGAGGGCGAAGACGGGGGAUGGGGCGAGGACGGGGCGCGGGCGACGCGGCGGGCGCGGGCGAAGACGUGGGCGCUCGUGGGCGGCGCGGCGACGGUGAUGACGCUCGCGAUCGGGGCGGUGUAUCUCGCGGACGCGGAUAAGAUGAUGUAUGGGAUCGAUUCGGUGGAGUCGUACGCGGCGUCGUACGACGGGGAGGGGUUUGAUUUUGAUUUCGACCGCGCGGGCGGAGGGGCGAUUUCGGGCGCGGGCGCGGCGGGGGCGGUGGUGUGGGCGGUGGGGUUGUUUUACGCCUCGCCGAUCAGCGUGAUCAUGUUAUUUUUGGGGCGGACGGAUAGCGAGCGGCCGAGCGAUUGGGUGUUACGGAAAGUGACGGGCGUGCGGGCGCUGGAGGACGCGGAGGCGGCGCAACGAGCCGGCGUCGCGGCGUGGUUCUUCCUCUCUGGAUGUCUCGCCACCGUCGUGGGGGACAAAUUAUUGGGCGACAGUUCGUGGGGUAUCUCGGCUGGGAUCGGGUUCUUGUGCAUCGCCGCCGUGUCCGAGCUCGGACGGCCGAGACGCGUGGACGAGGCGACGCUUCGACGCAUGGAGUCGCAGUUCACCGAUUUCUGCGCCUUUGCGGACGAGCGCCUCUCCAGAUCCGGUCGCGUGCAUCAGAGCGAAAUUUCAAAGGCGUUUCGAACGGCUUACCCCGAGUACAAGAGCGAGAACGUGCUCCCGGAGUCUGAAUUCCGAACGCUCGUCGCCAACUACGCCGUGUGGGCCGAGCGCUCACCGCGCGGAUACUACAAAAAUCUCUCCCUCCGCCCGCUCGCCCCUCGCGCGUCCGUCCGCGAUCUCGGGUUGUGA